AAUUAAUUAAUUGGGGGUUUUUUUUUUCUCUCCCUCGGUCUCCCUUCCCUUUCCCUCGACAUAAUCGCUCCCCCUUUGACCUUGGAUAUUCCUCGGUCACCGUGCUGGCACCUCUCUCCUCGUCCGCUUCCGUCUUUUCGUGGACUCGGCGGGUUUGAUCGAAAAUGAAGUCAACAGCACUGCGCCUGUUGCUGUUUGCUGUCCUGUUAGGAUUGGCGGCGGCGUGGACCAAAGAAGAUUAUGAGAUCUUCCGCCUCCGCGAUGAAGUUGCUGCCGGAGAGGGGCUCAACGUGACUUUCUACGAUUUCCUCGAAGUUCAACCCAAUGCCAACCAGGAUGAACUGAACAAGGCCUACCGCAAGAAAUCCCGACUUCUCCACCCCGACAAGAUCAGACGCUCCUUCAUUGCCAACAGCUCUAAGGACAAGGCCAAGUCGAAGACGAGCAAGCCGGGGGUUCAUGUCAACAAGGGUCCCUCCGAGCGCGAGAUCGCGGCUGCCGUCAAGCAGGCCACCGAACGAGCCUCCCGCCUGAACACCGUCGCCAACAUCCUUCGCGGUCCGUCGCGUGAGCGGUACGAUCAUUUCCUGCGGAAUGGCUUCCCCAAGUGGAAAGGCACCGGAUACUACUACUCGAGGUUUCGCCCAGGAUUGGGCUCCGUGAUGGUCGGUUUAUUCUUGGUCUUCGGUGGCGGCGCUCACUACGCGGCCCUGAUCCUGGGCUGGAAGCGUCAGCGGGAAUUUGUCGAUCGCUAUAUCCGUCAAGCUAGGAGAGCUGCCUGGGGUGAUGAAUUGGGCGUCCGGGGCAUUCCGGGCGUCGAUUCCGCAAAUGCCCCGGCCCCGGCUCCUACUGCGGAAGCCAACGAGACGAGCGCCAUGCCCAUGAAUCGUCGUCAGAAGCGCAUGAUGGACAAGGAAAAUCGAAAGGAUUCCAAGAAGGGUGCUCGAUCAGCCUCGCGCGCCUCCGGUACCUCUACCCCGACAACCGAGUCCGUGGAGCCUUCGGGUGAGAGGAAGCGCGUCGUUGCCGAAAACGGCAAAGUCCUUAUUGUUGACUCGAUUGGCAACGUGUUCUUGGAAGACGAGACGGAGGAAGGCGAGCGGCAGGAAUUCCUGCUUGACGUUGAUGAAAUCCAACGCCCAAGGGUACGAGACACCAUGCUGUUCCAAAUUCCCGUUUGGUUCUACCGCAAGAGCUUCGGAAAGGUGCUUGGGUCAUCAGAGACAGGCGACAUCGUUUCUGAUUCGGAGGAACCGACCGAAGUGGAAGAGCCGGUCGAAGAGCCUGCAAGUUCCGCGGUUGCCCCUAAAAAGGGCGGGACUUCUCGCAAGAGAGGAAAACGCUCCCAGCGGUCCUGAACGAUAAGAAAGACAGGUUGUGAUUAUAUGUCAUCUUUUAAAGUUGGGCAGUUCCGUUAUUUCCCCCGUCACAAAAGACGAGGCAGUCCUAAAUGCAUUGUAUAGAGAUAUAUUGGCGGUAACCCGAACAUAUUUUCUUUUUUCUUUUUUCUUUUUGUUUCCAUCUAGGUCACCUUGCUCGCAGAAAAAUCGAAUAGAAGAAAAUUUG